AUGCCAGAGAAAAAGGACUAUGACGACUUACCCCCCGUUCCUUCUCAAGUGGGUCAAGUUCUUGAGGACCAGUACUACGGGAACGAUGCUGUCUUUGGCGAAAUCACGGAAGAAGGACCAAACUAUCGCAGCUUAGGCUGGAUUGGUACCGCUGCACUCAUGAUGAAGUCCCAGAUUGGGUUAGGUGUCCUCAGUAUCCCUGGAGCUUUGGAUACCCUUGGUAUAGUUCCAGGGGCAAUAAUAUUGCUUGCUGUUGCUAUAAUUACAACGUGGUCAGAUUAUAUGGUUGGUACUUUCAAGCUUCGGCACCGUGAGGUCUAUGGACUUGCGGAUGUAGGUGGGAUGUUAUUCGGUCGUCCUGGGAAGAUCUUCUUUGGCGUUGCUUUUGUUCUCUACUGGAUCUUUGUUGCCGGGUCGGGAAUGUUGAGCAUCUCCAUCUCCCUAAAUGCCGUAUCGAGUCACGGUGCCUGCACUGCGAUCUUUGUUGCUAUUGCCGCAAUCAUAGGAUUUGUACUGGGUAGCAUACAGACAUUAGGUCGCAUGAGUUGGCUUGCAUGGGGUGGAUUAUCUUGUAUUAUUACUGCCAUUCUCAUAGUGACCAUUGGAGUCGGCGUUCAGAAUCGCCCAUCGGCUGCGCCGCAGGAUGGUGUCUGGGUUUCUGAUUACCAGAUUGCCGCUACCCCGAAUUUCACCGAUGCUGUAACCGCGGUCUCGACGAUCGUAUUCGCAUAUGCUGGAACGCCGUCCUUUUUUUCUAUCGUGUCCGAGAUGCGGGAUCCUCAGUUAUACAGCCGAUCCCUAUUUCUCUGUCAAAGCGUCGUGACGGGGGUAUAUAUAACAAUUGGCUGUGUGGUCUAUUAUUACUGUGGGUCUUAUGUCUCACAGCCUGCCCUAGGCUCCGCAGGACCGACGGUGAAGAAAAUCAGCUAUGGCUUUGCACUUCCAGGUCUCAUCGUCACCACUAUGCUGGUAGUUCAUCUACCGUCGAAGUACAUCUUUCUCCAUCUUUUGAAAGGUUCUCGACAUCUCACGGCCAACACCGUGACUCACUGGGUGGCCUGGGUCAGCUGUACGUUUGGAAUUGCUAUGGUUUCUUACAUUAUCGCGAGUGCUAUCCCAAUUUUCGGUGGCCUCGUUUCCCUUGUGGGUGCCUUACUCGGCACUCUUAUGUCGUUCCAACCCAUGGGUUUCAUGUGGCUAUACGACAACUGGACCCAGGACAAGACCGAAGGGGUACUUAAAUGGAAGUUGAUGGUCUGCUGGAGUGUUUUUGUCAUCGUGUCGGGAACGUUCCUGAUGAUCGCUGGCACUUAUGGUUCCAUUGUCAGUAUCAUUGACAGCUACAAGCAAUCCGGGGGCUCGGCAGCCUGGUCAUGUGUAGACAACUCUAGCUCAUGA